UAGAUUAUUUUAUUUUAUUUAAAGGUGAACUACCAAGAUGAUAUGGCAACAAUUAAAUAUACUUUUGAUACGAUUGUAUGAUCCGAUCGAUCGAGCAGAAAACCUUUUUCUUAAAAUGAAGAAUAUUUGUAUGAUGAUAAAUCAAAUUGUAUUUUUUAUGCUGGCUGAUCGCACCUUUAUACUAGAACCAAAAAUGACAUGUUUUUAUACAUUGAUGUUUUAUAACGUGAUUACUUACUGCAUUAGCUAUAUUAAGGAAUUAAUCGAAAAGGAAGAUUGGUCACCUUAUGUGACUCUCACGGAGAGAUCCAAGAUAAAACAUUUAGCUAUGUCUGCUACCAAAAUAGUUUUUGAAUGGACAAAAGCCGUCACCUUUAUUGUAACGCUAACAUUUAUGCUUCUUGUUUUUGGUUUGGAACAAGGUCUAGAACAUUACAAACCAUCAACAACUUACACGAUGAUAACAUGGAUUUAUUAUUUGGCAACAGAGAAAAUCUUCGCCGAGAUGUUUCCAUCGAUUUUGAAGUUUCUUCAUUUGGAGAUGUUUGAAAAUCUUGAAGAGCUUUAUGCUCCGGUAAUAUUAAAAUCAUUUACCAUUAGUGCAUCUGCUUUUCUUAUUUUAAUUUUACUCGUACGAAUAACAUCCUGGAAACUUUUAUUGAUAGCUAUCUAUUUGAAUAUCUAUUUAAGAUUAAAAGAUCUUUUACAAAUUUCGGGCCCUGCGUUAAAACUUGAAUGCGAAAUAUUGAAUCGUUAUAGAAAAGCAACACUCGAAGAAAUUAAACAAUUUGAUGAUGUUUGCGCCGUUUGUCUUUGCGAUAUGUUUAAGGCAAGAAUAACACCUUGUUGUCAUCUUUUUCAUGCAGAUUGUUUACGUCAAUGUCUCAAGACUGGUAAUAUUUGUCCCGUAUGUAAAAGAGAAUUAAAAUUUUCAUAAAAUUUA